AUGCCCUGGGAACUGCUCACAUGGCUGUUGGCAUUCAUCCUGCAGUCGGCGCUGCUGGGCUGCUGCAUGUACCAGCUGAUCCAGCUGAGCGACCUGGAGUGCGACUUCAUCAACCCCCAUGACGCCUCCCGCAACAUCAACUCUGUGGUGCUGCCUGAGUACCUGUGCCAAGCAGCGCUGACGAUCUUCAUGCUGCUGUCGGGCCACUGGCUGUACGGCGGCAUCCACCUGCUGCUGCUGGCCUAUCACGUGCGGCAGUACCUGCGGCGCGGCCACCUGGCUGACGUCACCGAGAUCUUCCGCCAGGUGGCGCCCCGCAAGCGGCGCGAGAUGUUCAAGCUCGCCUUCUACCUCCUCACCUUUGUGCUGGCCAUCUACAAGUGA